AUGAAGAUUCCGUUUCUGGAUAGAUUUUCACAGUCUAAGCCAAAUUCGAAAGACUUUUAUCAAAAUAUAAGUUCAAGACCUUAUCCCAAAUUAAUUAUUAAAUUUAUCACCUUCCUACUAACUCACCCAAAAACAAUAAUACUGGUUCCUGCCUUAUUGGUGUUUAUCCUUUCGUAUAACGUGGUUUAUGAUUUUACUGUAAAAAAAAUUAAUGGUGAGUUUGCUAACUACUUUGGUGAUUUUUCAAUAAAUCCUUUAAUUGAUCAUCAUCUAUAUAAUAAUCAGUUGUAUCAAAAUAGUCUAUCUUCAACUUUAUCAAAUAUUAAUCAUGGAGUCACUGAUUUAUCAAAUGUAUCAUUAUCUAAAGUCGUAUUAGCAAGUAACGAUCUUCACGACUUCAAUGUCUUGGGAUUUGAUUUUUUGAAUAAAACAAAUUAUUUAACUCAUAAUUUAUCGAAUUCAAUACCGAGUAAUCCCAUAAUAAUCUCCCCAAUUUCGUUAGCCAAUAUUAACUUUAAUUUAUUAUCCAACAUUACUCUAAAUGAUUUUCAAAAAUCAAAAAUUGAAAGAUAUUUUUUAAAAUAUUUAAAUUUUAAUCAAAAUAGUCAGUUCAUUUCCUUGUUUUUCGAUAACAUAUUUAAGUAUAAUCACUUUAUCGAAAAGUGUCAAUUAUUAAAUCUCUAUAUCAUUCAUGAUUCAAAUAUUGAUUUACAUCAUUACAUCCCUUCAUUAUCCUUGGAUUUCAUUAAAUUCGUUGAUUUAUCAUCCACCUCUUCAUCAUUGAGUGUAAAAGAUUUUGUUCAAUAUUAUCUCAUCCAAAAUAAUUUACAUACUUCAGCAAAAAUAUUUAUGAAAUUUGUUAAUGGUUUACAAAUUUCUGCUAUAAUUGUCUUUAUUGGCUACAUAUUUUUAUCAAUAUCAAACCAACAUAAAAUAAGAUCGAAUUUUGGUCUAGUAUUUGGUUGGUUACUAGAAAUUAUCAUAAGUGCAACUGCUUCAAUCAACUUGAUUAGCUAUAUCCAUAAUUAUAAAUCUUGGAGACUAAUAUUUGAUCCUUCAACUUUUUUCACUAAAGCUGGCUUUAUUUUUAGUAUUAUGGUUUUAAGUUCAAGAACUUUAACCAGAAUAAUUAAUGAUAUAGCAGGUGAUAACUCUUUUGAAUCAAAUAAUGAUAUCCAUAAAAGAUUGUUCAAAUUUUAUGUUGGUAUUAAUACUAUUUUAUGCUUUAAUUUAGUUGGAAUUAUGUCAAUUAAUUUCAUUGGCACUAUCCUUUUCCAAGUUUAUUUUGACGGUAAUUUCAUGCAAUAUAUAUCUAUGAGAUUAUUUAGAUUUGUGGAAGCAGUUAUUUUCGCCUUAUUUAUCGAUCAUUUUCUACAAAUGACUUAUCUUGUGGGUAUUAUAACUGUUGAUUUAAAUCGUUAUGAACUAAAAGAUUUGUUAGAUCAACAAACAAAUGAAUCAGAUGAAUCUUUGCCAAUUGCUCAUGAAGUGAACUUUUUCUCAUCACUAUUACUAAAAUUGUCCAGUCCAAUAAAUUCAAGACCUGACAGGUCUUCCAUUAGAUAUAGAUUAGGUCAAUAUUUACUCAAAGUUCGACCUUCUAGCUCAAUCACUUUCUGGUUUAUACUAUUCCCGUUAUUCCAAUUACUUCAUUUUCUAGUAAUCAUUACAAAUUGGGUAAUUCUAAUUCCGUAUAACUUGAUCAAUGAUCCAAAUUCAAUUAUUCAUAUUGGUUUCAGAAAUAUAAUUGUUAAUAAAACUGAUAUACUUUAUUACCUGGAACUAUUCUCAAUUGUUUUGCUCAUAAUAGCGAUUUCUCAAUUGAUUUUCAAAUUAGCACAUUAUAAGUAUAAUGAUGAAUUGACAAAGUUAGAUGAUGAUAAAAAAUUAAAAUCUAACUCUCGUGAAAGUUUAACAACUUCUGAUUUUGAAUUGAAUGAUGAAACUAAAUUUUUCAAAUCAAUUGAUUUGAAAAACGGUCAUGAUCUUGAUGUUUUGAAAAUCAACACUAAUUCUGUUACCUCCUUUUUAGCCUCAAUUGGCUUAGAUCAUAAAAUCUUGAUUUGGAGUCCCUUAAGUACAUCUGAUGAUUCAAAACCAAUCAAUUUAUCAUCAACAAAUAAUGAUGGUAAAGAACUUUGGCCUAUAAAUCACAUCAAUAUAAGUAACGAUGGGAACUUUAUUGUUUUGAUUAACUUCAAAUAUGGUAUGAUAAAAUGUUUUGAAAGGGACGCAUUGAAAUUCAUUUGGGAACAUAAAUUACCCAAUGAUAUACUAUCCAAAUUUAAAGAUAACAAACUAAAAAUUUUGGAAUCUUUCUUCAGAAAGAAAACUGUUCCAGGUUUUUUAACUAGAAAAAUCCUACAAAAGAAAAAAGCUUUACAAAAGAGCCAAGGUUUACUUGGUAGGAGUAGAAGAGGGAGUGAUACUUCAAUAAUUUCAUUUGGAUCCACCAUAAAUGCUAACUUCCCUCCACCGUUAGCAUCUUUGAAGAAAACACAGGAUGAUAAUAUCAGCAAAGAAAUUCAAGAGCUAGAGAAAUCUCUUAAUAAAGAAGAAUAUACUAUUGUUCUAUCCACUGGGGAAUUGAUCACUUUUUCAUGUCUGGAUGGCUCCAUGAAUACAUCAAAUAUCAUUGAAGAUAUAUACGGUGAUGCUGAAAAUCUAUUCAUCAAUUCUGCUGCAAAGAUCUCUACUUCGAGAGUCAGUGAUCGAAUUGUUUGCAAUAUAAGCAACAUUGAUAUUUGUGUGGCUACCGUCAUCAAUAAUAGCUGGAAAUUUAGAAAAUUACCAGUUCAAGAUGAUUUUUAUAACAAAGGUUUGAAAGUUGCAACCCCAUUAACAUUAUCAUUAAAUACGAUUGAUAACCAUGAGUUCAAGUCUAAAUAUGAUGAAAGGGAGCAACAAAAAACACGGCCAGAACCAGAACAAAGUACAGUAAAGGAGAAGAAGUAUCAACAAAUCAAUAGACCGGUUGUUCUUCCUAUUGAGUUUGUUGGUAUGUUUUUAAGAGUAAUUGAUUUAACGGCCCAAUUAAUUGACGCUCAAACCGGGGUAAUUUUGAAAACAUUUAAUAUUGGUCAUUUCAAGCCAUCUUCAUUGAAAGUAUCACAUUCAGAACCUACUCAUUGUAAAUUUUGUGGUUGUGCCUCAAUUCAAUCAUUCUCUAUAGUUUACGAAGAUUUUUAUGAUAAAACAAUUAUCAUUCAUAGUUUCAGGCUCAAGGCCAAGAGAUCAAAGAAUAAUAUUUGUCUUAGAGUUGAGAGAGAUCCAAGAGAAAUUAGAUGUUUGGGUUUCAAUGCAGUAACUGAAACUCAAUAUUGGUAUGAAAACAUUGAGUCGUGGGCUUUAACCGAUGUUAAUUUAAUAGUUGCCUUCAGAAGGAAGAAUCACGAUCCAAAUAGUGAUAGUGAAGAAGAUAUUGAAACUUUGGAUAACAAUUUGUCUACCGCUUCUAAACCAAAUAUUAAAAGUUUGAUAGAACAUAGUGGUUUGAGUUCAUUACGUUCUAGAAAAACCGGAUUCAGCAGUCGUGAAUUAUUUUCAAAAUCUUUCAAGUCAAUUCUGGAAGAACAUAAAAAUAAAGCGUCCAAGUCAUUGAAUGAUAUUUGGGAAAGUUUUGUUAUAACUGUUGCAAAUGGAAAAGUUAUCAAUUAUAAGAUUCCAGAACUCAGUAAGGAUAAUAGUCAAUUGAUUACCAAUAGAAUCAAUUCCAUCUCAAAGUAUGGUUUCAAAGCAGUUGCUGUCAGUUUUGGUAACCUUAUUAAGAUCCUUUAUCUUGGUAAUGAUAAAUUGAUUGAAAAUGAAUUGUAUUAUUCUGGAACUAACACCACUAUGGGUGAUGUCUUUAACGAUCGGUCUGCAAACGAGAAAUCCGACAACAAUUUAUCGGUCACCUCGAAUCCUGCUGCUACAAACAUGAACGAGUUGCUAUUCAUUAAUAAGAGGCGUAGAAUAAGAGAAAAACAUCUGAAACAUUCGACCGUAACGAAAGAAUAA